ACGCCGGUUUUGGGGCUGAGCCCGGCGCUGGGGCUUUGUUGGAGGGGCCGGGGCGGGGCCAUCUUGUCCCCGCCGAGCGCUGCCGAGCCCAGGCAGCGCCGGGCAGCGCCGCCGGACGGGGGCAGCGGGGCUGCUGACAAGAUGGAGGGCGCCGAGGGGGGACCCGAGGGGGCUCCGGGGGCUGCCGCUGAGGGGCCGGGAGCGGCCCUGGCAGCGCGGGGGGGACGCGGGCAGCCCGGCUGUGCCGCCCCGCAGCUUGUCGUCAUCCUUUUACAACGAUUUAUAACCGCCCGAUAACGUUUUACGGGGGGUUAAAUAAUAUAAAAACGCUUUUUUAUUAUUUUUUCAUAUACUUUUUCAACAAGCUACGGUCUUUGAUGUUCUCUCCCUUCUUGCGUUCCUCAGGGCUUCUCAAGACGAGCACCGCAGGCCUGGAGGCUGAGUCGGGCUGGAGCAGAGCGGCGGGGCGCUGAGGAGAGGAGCAGGCCGGAAUGACACGGAAACACGGCCAUGGAAACAUCUCAGGCCCACAAGGGGCAAACAGCCCUGCUUUGGGCUGCGUGGCUCCUAAAAGAGAGCAUCAAGCAGGGAAAGUGGGUGCCCACCCCACAGACGUGGGUGGGAAGCGAGGGCAGCAUCCGUGUGGGGCUGGGGGCAUCUCGCCUUUCCCUCAGGCUGAGCACACAGGGGCUGAGGUAGGCAGGAGGAGCAGCAAGGCCCCAGGAGCGAGGAUGAGGACUCCGAGCAGCGGAGAGGAAAGAAGAGAGCACCCGAAGGCGUCGGCCUUGCUCUGAAGAGGAAGGUGUAUGCUAAUGAUUAACUUCAAGCAAGGCCAACAAUGGGAAGAAAUCUCUCCUUGGAGCAGGAGGGAAAGGGGAGUGCAAGAGCCAUCCGCACCUGAGAGGCUGAGCAAAGUCACUGAGAGGCCAGGGCAGAGGGAGGAGAGAGAAGAAAAGAAGCCAGCCAAAGACAGAAACCAGCAGAACAAUCUGUAAGAAUGGAUGAAGACUUUAAACCACAGACACUUGACUCCAAUCUUCAGAGUCCCUCAGAGACAUUGAUUUCCAUUCGGCUGUUAGACUUUAAAACAAGUUUAUUGGAGGCUAUAGAAGAACUGCGUAUAAGAAGGGAAACAGAGAUAAAUUAUGAAGAUCAAAUAAGUAAAAUUGUUGUAGAGAAACAGGAACUUGAAUGGCAGAAGGAAACUCUGCAGCAUCAGACAGACAUACUACAGCAACAGAACAAAGAAGCUAUGGCAGCUUUUAAAAAGCAGUUACAAGCAAGGAUGUUUGCCAUGGAAGAAGAAAAGGGAAAAUACCAACUUGCUGUAGAAACAAAAGAAAAAGAAAUUGAUGGGCUGAAAGAAACACUAAAAACAUUACAGAUUUCAAAAUACAUUUUACAAAAGAAACUGAAUGAAAUGGAUCAGAAAUUACAGUUGCACUUAGCAGCAAGAGAGGAGCAUCAUAAGAAACUGAAUGAAGUUGAGAGGUGUUAUGCCACUAUUGUAUGUCAGUUUGGCAUUGUUAAAGGUGUUCAUGGACAAUUAGAGCACAGUGUACAGGAAGCAAUACAGCUCAAUAAGAAACUAACAUCAGUGAAUAAAAAACAAGAGACUGAAAUAAGUAAUCUGAAGGAAGAACUGAAGAAAGUAACUACAGACUUGAUAAGGUCCAAGGUCACAUCUCAGUACAGGGUGGGAGAAGAAAACAUCAAUCUUGCACCAAAGGAAAAACAGUUUCAAGAACUGCAACAAAAAAUCAGAAUGGAGGAAGCAAUUAGUAAAAAAGUUAGAGAAGAAAACACUCAAAUUAAAGGAGAAAAGCUGGAAAUUCUCAGCUCUCUACAACGUGUGCAGGAGCUGCUUCAGCGAAUAACCCAAACGAAUAUUAGAAUGGAAAGUGAAUUAAAUGCACUGAAAGAAGAAUAUCAGACCCUUGAAAGAGAUAAUGAGCUGCAAAGGGAGAAGGCAAAGGAAAAUGAAGAAAAGUUCCUUAAUCUUCAGAAUGAGCAUGAGAAAGCACUGAGAACUUGGAAAAAAGAUGAGGAAAAUAUGAGAAGAGAGAUAGCCACUAUAAAAAAUGAGCUGAAUUCCCUUAAGGGGGCUCAAGGACGUCUUGAAGAUUAUCCUCCUCCUCUGGGAAACCAGUAUGCUGAGCAAGUGGAAAGUCCGCAGAUUUACAAGUUCCUGAAAACAGUUUUAAGGAUGAAAUUAAUGUUGCUAGCCAUUAUGAAGAAAAGCAAAGGGAGGUUUCUCCCAGGAAUACCCUCUGCACAGAUACUGAUUUAAUUACCCAAGGACAGACCUCUGAAAUACAUGUCGCUGAGUGCAAAGAAGCAGAAAAUCUAGGAACUACACAUAGAAUGCUACUGGAGGAAAGCAAUGCGAAUUUAGAACAAAAGCUACAGGACAGCACUGAUCCAGUGGCCGCAUGCCACACAGAAACAAGGAAGGUAUUUUUAGACAGCACUGACACAGUUUUCUAUGAGAAAAAUGCGAGUCAAGACACCCAUUCUAGUAAGCAAGAAUUGUGUAAUACUACACAUGAAUCAAUUUGUACUGAGGCAGACAAACAAUCAAAUACUAUAGAGCACAACAGUGUCCUUAUGUCUGAAGCAUCUGAAAAAGAGUCUGAAGCAGUUUUCUGCACUGAGAAGAAUGUUGUGUGUGAGCGAACGACCGAUAAUCAUCAAGUGAAAGAAUUCAAUUUUGGCAUCCUUCCGUAUGCUAAGGAGAACUCUCAGACAGAAUCCCAGAAAUGUAGCUUGCUGGACAGUGAUAAUUAUGUAGGUAACAGAUUACAUAGAACAGAAAAAAUCUUGUUAAAGCUGAGUGGUUUACACAGAAAUAAGUUUCCUUUUAAACAGACAGAUGUAGAUGCUGAAGAAAGAAAUUACAAUGACAAAGACAGAAACAUGAACAGAAAUAGUGCACCAAGGAGUACUGGGUUUCCAGCUACUGAUGCUCAAAAUACACCCUCUGUUUGUUGUAACAAUGCAAGUGCCAGUGCUGCUGCAAAAGAACACAGUAGUAAUAUGCCUGUUACAGGUACUUCAAAUUUAUGCCCUGAAAAAGUAGACAGAGGAAUAAAUGUGGAUGAUAUGCAGCAGCAAACAAACUGAACAAGGCAGUACUGAGCAAUCAGGAGGUGAUACAAAUACAUGCACUGCUGAAUGCUGAAGCUGUAUCUCCAGUAAAGGCUGCUGAUCUUGAAAUAACUGUUCAUAAAGUCCCAACAGAUGGAAUUAGUACAGAAAAAUUUUUUCUAUGUGAAAAACUUAAUGAUGAUAUUCAGACACAGUUCAUCAAAAAUGGGACAUUCCCUGGAGAUUAAUGAUAAUUCAAUAAAUAAUACGUUGUUAAAAGAGAAAAAAGGAUCACUGCACAGUACAGUUCCAGGAAGGAAGUUUGCUGAGGGUCACCUGAAAGAAUCAUGCUCUUUACCCAUGAGAACAUCUGGAAAUUUAGUAAAUGUAAGUGGAAGGUCAUCCUUUGAUCUUUCAACUUCAGAUAAAAAAGCUGAGAAAACUCCAGUAUACUUCAGUUUUUUAGACCUUGGUUCUUGUUCAAGAGUAAAUCAAAUGAGAAGUCAAGUUACAUGGACUUCAGCUGCCAAAGAACCUCCCAUUUUGAAAGAGAAACUACCAUGCCUAGUGGAAAACAGAAAGGUUAUUUCAAAAGCACAAUGUCAAAGUCCCGAUGAAAAUGUUGCCAAGGGAGAAAAAGGACUAGGUUCUAUCAGUUCUAACAGAGCUGCCGACACUUUGAGUACCUCUAAUAUCCACCGAGACCCCCAGGGAGACCCUAGUGAGGAAUGGAAUGCUACAGCAAAGACUUUUUAUGAUUCUUCUUUUCCCACAGAACACGU